AAUGAGAAGUUCUCAUCAACCCUUAGCUAGUAACUGCCAUUGCAAGCAAAACAGAGUGAAUUUCUUCUUCAUCUCUCUAAAUGGAGCGCUCGAUUUUGAUUAGAUCGUUUUAAAACGAUUUGGGAAGACAAGCAACAACAAUGGAGGUCUCCUUUUCACCAUUGAAGGUCUUCUUUCCCACCAGGUCUUCUUCUUCUUCUUCUUCUUCUUCCUUCAUAAUCGAAGCCACCCUUUCUUUCAAAAAUCAAUUUAAGAAAACCCCACAAAAACCCUUUCUCAAAUUCACUCCUUCAACACCAAACCCCAUUUCCCUUUCCAAUUCAUUAAACUCCCAUCAGUCAUCUACGCUUCUCCCUGACAAACCCUCUUCUUCUUCUUCUUCAUCCUCGAUCAACAAGACAAAUCUUUUCCACCUCACUUUUCUCUCCACAACCCUUUCUUCCGCCGUCUCUUGCUUUGCCGCCGACACCGUUCUACCGGCAGAAUCCUCAAACAAGAUUAAUUUGGAAGCAAUUGUGGUCUCAAUUGAUAACUUUUUCAAUCGGUACCCAUUCUUUGUUGCGGGAGUUACCUUCAUUUGGCUGGUGGUUAUUCCUCUAACAGAAGAAUACUUGCAGAAGUACAAAUUCAUUUCCUCCAUUAAUGCUUUUAAGAAGCUUAAGAAUGACCCAAGUACUCAACUGCUAGACAUCAGGGAUGAUAAGAGCUUGCAAUAUAUGGGUUCACCCAAUCUGAAAAUCAUGAACAAGAAUGCGUUGCAGGUUGAGUUUGUUGAGGGUGAUGAAGAUGGGUUUGUUAAAAAAGUUCUGGAAAAAUUCCCCCAGCCUGCAGAUACUGUAAUUUGUAUUCUAGACAAUUUUGAUGGUAACUCCAUGAAAGUUGCUGAGUUACUUGUCAAGAAUGGAUUCAAAGAAACAUAUGCUGUGAGAGGUGGGAUCCGAGGCAAAAAUGGAUGGCAGGAAAUACAAGAAAAUCUUCUCCCUCCAUCAGUUCAUAUCUACCCCAAGAAGAAGAAUGAGAAGGUGAAAAAACAAGGACAGUUGGACACGAAUGGUGGGGUGAAUCAGUCAGAUAUUAACGGCCAAGCUACCCCUUUUUCAACUAGUACCGAUUCAGGCACAGACAAUGGGAAGCCUAAUAAUAACAUUGUUGGUGGUGGUUAUGUAAUGAAGUCUAGUUCUAGACCAUCUUCACCUUACCCUAAUUACCCAGAUUUGAAGCCGCCUUCUUCGCCAACUCCAUCAAAGCCUCGAAGCUGACCAACUGUCAUUGGUUGAUUUCCUGGUCAAGUUAUUUAUAGCUGAGUUUUCUGAGACAAUUUUGGUAAUUACAUAAUUGGUGUUUUAAGUAUUAUUAUGUAUGGUAUGGUAUGGUGCAAGUAAGGAUCAGAGGUUGUGCAUUCAUUCAUUUCUUUUCUUCUAAAGCAUGCUGUUUAAUCAAAACAGCUUUCUUGUUUGUUGUAUUUCAAAGCUCCAAUUGUAAUGAAGGAUGUAACAGUUCUAUAUGUAUCAUAUCAUAAAUCAACCAAAUUUCACCA